CCGCCCUAAUUGUGCCCUGGUGCUUUUUGUUUUCCCUCAAGUACUCAUGUAUUUUUAGUCCUGUGUUUUCCAUCGUCUUGCAUCGGCUGCUGCUUGUAUUACUGGACUUCGUGCUGUUUCCUCUCAUGGGUUAUUGAACAGCUUUCAAUUAGCAUAUAGAUCCAGCUUCCUCACUUAAUUUUUAGCAUACUAGAGGUCAGUCUCAUAUUCAGAAACAAGAAUGUCCAGUACCGUCAUACCCACAAACUCUGGGACGCUGGUCAUCCAGUUUCAGUCAUCAGAACAAACAGCACCAGCUGAAACAGGGACAAAUGCUCCAGUGACUGUUCAUGUCCCACAGGCAGCUUCACUUCCUCAAGGACUUCAGGCAUUUCUAAAAGGACAACCAAAAGCACUUGGGACUGUCCAGAUAAUGAUCGGCCUGCUGAUUCUCCUGUUUGGCAUUGUGUCUAUAGUCCAUGCAGAAUCCAUCUUUGUCUACAGUGGUAUUCCUUACUGGGGAUCUCUCAUCUACAUUAUCGCAGGAUCACUGAGCAUUGCUGCAGAAAAUGUACUCCAUGUCAAAGGCCCCUCCAGUCUGUGUUUGGUGAAAGGUUCACUUGGAAUGAGCAUCAUUAGCGCUAUAACUGCAGGCAUUUCCAUUAUUAUACUUUCAGUGGAUGUGUCUAUGGGAGGACUGAACUAUUACUGCUAUCAUCAUGACUGUUCUCAUAAUGUCAAGUAUAUGACCCUUUUCCAGGGGAUCAGUGGUGUGUCUUUGGUAUUCACUGUCCUUGAGUUCAUCAUCUCCAUCUGUCUGUCAGCAUUUGCCUGUAAAGCCAACGCCUGCUGUGCUCCUCAGGUGCUGAAUGUUCACCAAGUUGUAAUUCCACAGCCCUAUGCCUUUAGACCCAAUCACUCCCUCGAUCUGACCAAAUCAGAGAUACCUCUGGUCAGCGACUCUUCCAUGCAUCACCAUCCUGCAGAAAAUCCCCCACAGUAUGGUGACUGUUCUGCUCCUAAAUAUGAAUCUUAAAAAGUGGACAGAGUUGUGGUCCUGCCAUUGGGUUUUAUGCUUUCGCAGGACACACAGGUUCUUCCAGUGCUUUACUGUCCUUUAUCUUUGCUUUCCUUUUUCUAAAAAGAGAACAUGAAUGUAAUCACUUGAUCAAAUUGUUAAUACAGAUUUCUUAGUCACUUUUGUGUAAACAAUUACUGUAAGACAAGUUUCACAAUUUUCUUUACAUCAACAAUGCUGCCUGAUCAUCAGUAAAACUCACUCUUUUUGACUUUAAAGAUAAUAAACUUUUUAAAUACAUUAACAAAUAUUAUUGAUACAAACUGAUUGUUUAAAACUCGCAAAGCAAAAGCAAUUAUUAAUAUUAUUUAUAAAAUUC